CUUUCAGCCGAAGCAAUAAAGCUGGAAAACAUACAUACAUACCUUCCAAGAGGCCUUCCACUUGUCAGCCACCAGUAUGACCAAUAUUUAGUAGAUUUGGCGAAAUAAGUAUUUGAACUAAUAAAUAACGGCUAAUACCAGCAAGUUAUACGAUACCGCAAUAAAACCCGCAGCCACUGAGUCCUCGUACACCUCUAUUUACUACAUAAGCAACAUUGAAAGAAGGAAGAAGGAUUGUGUGAGCGAAAAGGAAACUACCAAAACAACAAUCAGCCGUGGUCGCGAAUCUGCGGUACGACGUGUCGUUGCAAAGUGAACAUCAUGCAAGUUUGAUUCGAACGCUUUCAACUACUCUUAACAACGUUUCCCACGCCGAACCACACAUAUGCCUUCGCAUAUUCGAACUUUUCUGCACAAAUGCCAAUUACUGCGAAAUUAUUGUGCCUUUGCGCGACUAAAAAGCAGCACAGAAAACCUCAAAGUCCGUCGAACGAAGGCUAUGCAUACAGAUUAACAGCGCCAUCUCGACUUUGUGUUCCCGAAGACGAAAAUUUAUACGCUUACUUGUAAAAUCAGUCCAUCGGUAUCUUUCCUCCCCCACAUCAUCUGUCAUCAUCAUCCGAUGUUAAUAUGAGCCAAAAACCAUCAUCUUCAUCCUCAUCCGCAACGCCCACACACCAAUCACUGUAUCCUCCUAGAUCCGCCUCCAACUCCUCCUCGAACACACAGAGCACAUCAACGCUCGCACCCGCCAUCAUUCCACUUGACUACAAUUACCAAACAAUGUCGCCAUCUUCAUUAUCACAAUUCCGCAAUGACCGCAUUACAUCUGCUUCCAACACGAACACAACCGCUGCCUACCAUAUGCAUCCGAAUUCGCGUCUCAGUAGCGCGCAUCCCUCUGGCACCGCCUCAGUCGAUGUUGAGCUGGAUAAUCAGUACAGCAGCCUUUUCGGUGAUCCUGUUCCACCGCCGCCACCGCCUGAUUUUCUCACAACGCAGUUCGAUCCAGUGACCCUUUUUCGUCCGUCAUUGGACAUUAGCUCCGGCUCCGAGGAGGAUGCUUUUGGACGUCUGGCAUCUUUGGAAACUGAUCGAGCUACAAACACCACGCGGCUGUUUUCCAAUGUGCCGUUUAGUUCGGUUUUCAGCAAACGUAAUUCUGACACUCCUUCUCAGCGUAACUUUGAUGUCCUGCCAACGCCGAUGCCGCGCCUUCAACCGCCAGACAUUCAGAUAUUACCGAACUCUAGUGGCGGCUCUAGCUCUGAGGCGCGCGAGUCGCCCAACUAUGCAUUGCUCACACCGGAUGAUGGUACGCGUUGUCCCGCUGUGUAUGAUGUAACGCAAGCCUCUGAUGUAACAGAAAUCGUAGAGUCAUUAGAAGUGAGAGAUGCAAAAGGGCUGCGAGAAUAUUCCGAAGCAAAGCGAAGGGUUUCCAAUUUUAGUGAGGAUUUCAAAUGCAAUGUUGGUGCACUGAGCAAUACUCAAGAAACCGAACUAGGAGACCCGCCUGCUACUGCAGGUCACCCAUUUCCCCGCCAAUUUUCAAAUGAAUCUUAUACGAGCAGUGAGUGGUUUCGGCCAGCAGCACAAGACUAUCCGGAAUUCAGUAAAAUACCAAGACUGCGCCCAAGUUCAAAGAACAUUAUGUCUAUCAAAAGAGAGGAGAUGCCCAUGCACCAUUCUCCUGUAGCGGCGAUGAUUAACGAUUCGAAUGGCUCUAGCAGCGGCGAAGAACGGCCUGUCGAUAAAACACAAACAUUUGAGCAAGAAACGGUUCCACUGGAUAUUCUACAGCCACCAGCUAGGCCACCAGAUCCGUCUCCAUCACUUCUGCGGGAAAUAGAAACUGAUUUAUUGCUUUCUCCCCAAGCGUAUUUGCAGCAUCAGGGCGAGAGACUCUUGGAGAGCGUGAAUGAACCGAAUUUUCGAACGCCACCACCGCCGGCUAAACCGCCACCUCCGGAUUUCCUUUCACCCAUUCCUGGAGAAAGUCAAGACUUCAUCGAACGAGAAAUGUCACCUGUGAUAUUGCGAGAUUCUAUAGUCACCGGAGGCGACUUUAGAGUUGAUCAACCUCGCCUGCAUAAAAAGACUUCGUUUACAAUUAUCUCAGAAAAAACACCACAGUCAUCCCGAAAUCAGAGCCCUUCUCCGUACAGUCAGCAACAACGUUCGCCCUCAAAAAUUUCAGUACUGUCUAAUAGUUCAUCUGUAAAACCCAUCGCCAAGCCACGACAGUACUUGCAGCGAAAAUCCCUUUCAUCCACACAACUCAAGUUGCCACAGUUGCCUCAGCAGCGAUUCCAAGGACCCGCCGACGACUCUCCUCGCCCUUCAGUGCAGUUCAACAUGACCGGUCGGCAUACUCCGAAUAUGAUGACCCAGCGAGGCAUAUUGCAACACCGCGAGUCGUUAUCGUCAUCACAAGAUAUAACACAACUGUCGCCAUCAGCGGCAUUAACGUCAACGUCGAAAUUACGACGACCCUCAGCACUGCCAUCAUUUGCCAAAUCAGCAAGUGAAUCAAAAAUUAAAAGUUCUGAAGCCCUGCCGUUAAUUACUGAUCCUUACCGAACUUCUAUACCACGCCUUAACCGCUCCAUAACAGAUCUACACCGAGAGCCUGCGGUGUUUCCCCCUGGUGCUUUGCCGCGCCCACUUAAACCUAACCCCAAUCCAACACGAAAGCAAAAAGGCCUGCUACGCAUACUCAAUGGGGACACCUCCCAUAUACCUUUGCGUUCGAACUGGGCCAGCAUGGAUGACCUUUCCGUAGGCAGACAGUUAAAAACGCCUCUUUCGACACCAUUGAGGGGUCUUCAAACUCGACGUCGAUCCAGCUCUACGUCACCCGAGCGUCGUAGCUCAACACAAACGGCCUCGGAUCGUCGCAGUUCAAACUUAAGCUCUAUUACAACGUCCGACUUUAGUUUUCGCCGCCCAUCGAUGACAACACAGUUGCAACGUCGAAAAUCUUUAUUCCCAACUCCAAGCCCUAGAACAAAACGACGACAAUCUUUGAUAACACCAGCUAGUUUGACUAGUGGUCGAACAUCACGCACAAAAAUUGCUAAACCUUCCACGCUUUCACCAAUCUUAGGUACGCCAAAUAAGGACAGCAGUACGCCACAAAGUCCAGAGAAAAAUGGCGUUGGUUCCCUAGCUCCUUCCGAAACCAUGUCAGAUGUGACUUCAAGGCGAGACUCACUUUCGAAAAUACCGGUACGUGGAUCCCGCCCAGGAUCUAGAUCUUCAUCCCCAUUGAAAGAGUUCACCGCCCAACUGCCUUUGUCCGAUCCAAACUCACGAGGUGCAUCCAGUCGUACUGCUUCCCGUGCAACGGCAAGAACCGACAUUUCACAAUCAGCUUCGCGUGCCAAUUCUAGACCGGCAUCACGGUCUACCUCUCGUGCAUCUACGCGUCAAAUAUCGCGUACAGCUUCCCGAAGCAGUACAAGACCGAACUCGCGAAUGGAAAUGGCGAAAGAAAUUGCGAACUCGCGCUCUAACUCCAGAAUGAGUAUGCGUUCGAUCACCUCAGUAGCCGGAAAUGUUUCACCGAUUCCCGGAAAACGAAGCGUGGAACCGUCUCCCACACCUUCACAUUAUCGGAAAUCGAUUUCUGUUAGCCCUGUAUUCAACAGGAGAGCGCGAGCUCGCCGGCAGUCACUCAGUCCACCCAACAAAAAGCGUUCGGGAAGUAGGGGGAGAGAAAAGAAAGUGCGGGACCGAUCUGAGUCACGGCAAAGUUCCCGAUCUCGUAUACCUCUGAGAGCUGGUAGCGUAACGAAAUCCACACGAUCGUCAUCAAAAACAAGAGUCAGCAAACGAUCUACUAGUUCUAGUUCGCCAGCAAAAGCAAAACUUGCGAAGGGUGUGAGUCGGAUUUCACCCACGCGCACUCCAACAAAUCAACGUACGAAAUCAACAAGUGCCAAAAAAGCACCAACCUCGGUGCAUAAACCCGAGUCGAGUGUCAAACGCACACCAUCGUCAGUGAACAAACAGACGGCAUCUGUGAAAAAGCAGCCGAGUAACUUACCAAAACCCGUUGGUAUUAACCUCAGGCGGGAGACUUCUAAUCUGCGAAAGAGCGAUACUACGCCCAGUCGUGCAGCUAAAGUUGGUCGACGGGAAACCACAGUGACAGCGCCGAAAACAAGCAAGGCGGGAGCCUCAGCAGCGGCGGUGGCGCUAGCAGCGGGUGGACUCAAACGCCAAACCAUCUCCAAAACUCUGGGAAAGGCAACUGCUAAAGGAGUAGCAGCCGCAACUAAAAGAAAAGAAGGUGAAAAUAAAAUGGGCGCAGCGAUAGCCAAGGGAACCCAAAGUGCCAAUAAACCCGGCGAAGUGACUCGGGCGGGAGAAGAAAAGUCUGCAGAUGGUAGAGAAAUCAGUGGUAGUCCUAUCGAAAUGGAAGCUGCGAAAGCAGCGACAACCGGUGUCGUGGUCGCCACAACCACCAAAAGACCUGCGAACGCUAGCUCGGGUAGCACCGGAAGCAGUGGCUCUACUUCUGGUAUGAAGCGGAAUCCGUCUAAUGUGUCUCUUGUGCGUAUGGCCUCUAGGAUGAGCUUGCUCAGUAUGAAGCGUUCCGAUAGCAAUCUCAGUAAGAAGGCGAAUAUUCCUUCGGUUGCUGAAGAAGCAGCUAAACCGACGAAAACGAAUGGAAAACCUGCAACAUUGCAGAAGACCAACAGCAGAGCACAGCUGAAAACACCAGAAAAUGUGGCUGCUAUACCAGCUGCCAUAUUAGAGAAGUCACAGAAGACGCUGGAGAAUAUACAAAAGACUGUAUCCGAGGCAACAGACGAAAUUCAGAAAAAAAUUCACGAAAAUCUCACCGACUUGAAAAGUCUAGAAAGCGAUAUGGGUCGAUUGUCGGAUAGCGCUGCUUCGCCCACAUCAAGCGUAGCUACAGUUGUGGAAAAUAAAGCGGGAAUAAAGGCUGGUGCUGCUGGUGGGGGAGGCGCUGUUGAAUCAAUCUCUCGAUCGGGUACCACCGAGGAAUCAACAGCGGCUGGGAAUGCUGAAAACGGACAAAGCUCAGUUAUGCCAGUUGCGUCAACACAGAGAUCACCACUACCACCAACACAGCCCAUCGAGGCCGACGUUUCUGUGUUGACUACAGCUGCGCAAGCCACGCAGCAUGCCACAGUUGCUGCAGCGGCGGCUGCAGCUGCCACAACCGGUGCAAUGGCGAUGCCAAAUGCUGGCGUGGUAGAUGCCACCGUCGAACGGGUUAGUGAACGUGCUAUAUCAGUUAUGCCAGAUGUUGACUGUGACGAUGCAAAUUUCCAGAAUUACGCGUACGAAGUCGACGGUGCAGCUGACAAGACAGCCGAUGGAGCAGUGAGUGCAACGCUGAAUGGCGAAACUCAUGCGAAGGUCACUGGCGGCGGUGGAAACGGUCAGAAGGGGAUUGGAGGUGGAGGAGGUGUCGAAAGCGCUGCGCAUGGAAAUGGUAAUGGCGGCGACGAUAACAAACGGCGUUCACCAGAUGGACAAGGCGGUUCGGCAGCAGGCAGCGGCAACGGCAGCCGUGAGCUCCUCAAGCAGCCGGAAGACGAUUCGGUGCCACCCACUGGCUGUUGCCGCUGCUGCUCCAAAUUCUGUCUGCCAUGCCGCCGUUUGCGUUGCUCGCGCUGUUGUCGCCGCAAACCGGGCAAGACCGGCGAUGAGAGCGAGGAGCCUGUACUCUCGGCAACCAGCAGCGCCUCUACCACCAACCUCGAAGUCAUCGAUGAAGCGCGCCACAGCGCAGACGACAAAACCAAGUCGAGUUGCUGGCAAAAAUUGAACUGUUGUAAGCGUUGUCGCAAGCAGCCCAAAAUAGGCACCGACAGCACUGAUGAGCAAGCGAAAAUGACGGCCAUUGGUAAGACAGAGACUGCGGCAGCGGCAGCUGCUGCCGCCACCACAACACCAUCCAAAGAGGGUAAAUGCGGGCUUUGCAUGAGCAAAUUGUUCUGCUGUCGGCGCGUCAACAAAGUGGAUCCCACAACGGGCGACGAGACAGAGUUGAAGAAGUGCUGUUUCUGUAUUCCUUGUCGGCGUAAGAAGGGCGGCCGCGGCGCUUCAAUCGGUUCCACAGUUUCGCGAGGUAGCUCCGUGGCCUGGCAAGAUCCGGAAACUGGUAUAGCAGCCACUGAUGCAUCGGUGGUGGAGGGCGCCAGCUCGCCAGAAAUGCUGCCGCCACAGGGUUGUUGCAAACGCUUUUGGAACAAACUACUGUGCUGUCGACGCAAUAAAAUGCCGAAACCAAGCGAAAGUCGACGGGCGAGCAUGAAAGCGCCGCCGCCACCGAGUGAGGAUACACGGCGAAAAUUGCACGUCGACCUGGUUGAGUACAACUCGAAAAUGAAGGGCGCUAUUCCGGUGUUGCCGCUUUCCUUGGCCUGGUUUUGCGUUAUCUGCAACACCAUUUUUCCUGGAUUGGGCACUUUGUUCUCUGGCAUUUUUUGCCUGUGCGUCGGCAUUCCACGCUUCUCGCAAUAUGACAGCGCUAAGGCGCGCUUCGGUUCCUUCAUUAUCAACAUCAUUGUGGCUGUGGCGCAAUUGUUUUGCGUGCUCUUCUGCUUUGUGGGCUGGGGCUGGUCCAUCUGGUGGGGCACCAUUAUGCUAAAGUGUGCUAGAAAAUUAAGCAAAAUCAAAAAGGUUGAGCGUUUAGAAAUGGAAGAGGAGCGUCGUCAAGCAGAGGCGGCAGCAGCAGCAGCAGCAACUGCGGCAAGAGUGGCUGCCAACGCUGGCGUCGGUACCGCGGCGGCGCCGCCGGCGUCGGCGACAACAGAGAGCGCGACAUAAAAACGCAGGCGGAUGAACAAACAAAGGGCGUAAUGGAAAUCUUGUUUUAAGAGGAUAAAAAAUACAUAAAUUACGUUACUAAGUAUCCGAGACGAACAGAGGUUUAAGUAAACUUAAAGUCACUGUAUAUUACUUCCAAAUCGGCAUUAAAUAUAGUCGCGAAAAAAGCUUCCUAUCACACUUCCGAGAACGAAUAGAUCAGAAAACCUGAAGGGCAAUGUAAACUUUUGAGAUUGAGUUGUAAACUGAGCUAUUGAGAGCUAAUAAGGAUAACAGCGUAAAAGAAAGUGAAAACAUGGUGCCUUAAUUCUAUAACUAGAUCUUCUGCUCCCAAAUGUAGGAGUGUUGAAAAUUCAAAUGUUUGUAUAUAAGUAGUAUGUGACUAAUAUCUUAACGAACGAUUACAAGCAAGCAAAAUCGCUGUUUUCCAAAAAUUAAAUAAGACAAAUACAUACAUAUGUACAUAUCGUCACCUGAAUUGCAGAAAGCCGUAACAAACAGCAUCGUAGAAAUGCCAAGUCAUAACUAAUAAAAAAUCAAAAAUUCACUUUUUGAUUUAUAUGAUGGAUUUCAUCAUUU